AUGAGUGCCAUCCUAUCAGCGGACGACCUUAAUGACUUCAUAUCGCCCGGUGUCGCCUGCAUCAAGCCAGUAGAGCUGACUAACCCGGAAAACCAGGAAGCGGGAGAGGUCGAGAUACAAAUAGAUGAGAAGGGAAAUCCUCUAGAGAUAUCCAAGAUCGAUGGCAAGGCCGCUGCGCUUUCUCCAGCGCAAAUUUCUUUGGCAGAUUGCCUAGCAUGCUCUGGCUGUAUUACAUCUGCCGAGGAAGUGCUUGUGGCCCAGCAUUCACAUGAACAGCUCCUACGAGCUAUUGAGGAGAAUCAGACAUCGAACAAGGUGUUUGUGGCGAGCAUAAGCCACCAAUCAAGGGCCUCCUUGGCCCAGGCAUAUGGAUACUCGGUGGCACAGAUGGAUCGUUUAUUGGUCAACUUGUUUGCCAACCAGAUGGGAUUCCAGUAUGUCGUGGGUACUGCCUUGGGAAGAAAGCUCUCUUUGCUUCAAGAAGCUCACGAGAUGUUUGCAAGAAAGCAAGGCGGCCAGAAGGGACCAGUAUUGCUGUCAAUCUGCCCCGGGUGGGUGCUAUACGCGGAGAAGACACACCCUCACGUCUUGCCCAUGCUUUCUGCAACAAAGUCACCUCAGCAGAUCACCGGGUGUCUCCUCAAAACCCUCGUUGCUCGUGAUUUGGGAGUUUCUCGAAGCGACAUUUACCAUCUUUCAAUCAUGCCUUGUUUUGACAAGAAGUUGGAGAGUGCCAGACCGGAAAACACCCCAGUGGAAACGUCUGCUCCUGACGUGGACUGUGUUUUGACAGCAAAGGAGCUCGUGAACCUUCUUGAGACGCUGAAGUACGAACUUUUACCGCCAAACGCCGCUAAGGUUGCAUCUCAGACCUCUAAUAUCUAUCACCAAAUGGCCCCGCCUUCGUGGCCUUACAAAGAGCUCUCUUGGGCUAACGACUCAGGAUCUCAAUCCGGCGGCUACAGCUACAACUACUUGAUGCUUACAAGAAACCACAUGAUGUGUACUCAGCCGGAUGUCUAUCGCGAGGAGGAUUUUGAGGUGGUGAACGUUGAGGGCCGUAACCUGGAUACGUAUGAGAUGAGGUUGAUGCACAAGCCGUCUGGGGACAAGAUUGCCUCUGCGGCGGUAGUCAACGGCUUUAAAAACAUUCAAAAUUUGGUCAGAAAGCUCAAGCCAACUCCCGGCGGAGCUGCCAAACAAGGCAAAGUUAACCCCCUUGCAGCUCGAAGAAGAGCCAGAAUGGGAGGAAAAAAUGGCACCUCAGGACUGGAGGCACCUUCUGAAGUUUCAGAUGCCUCCAAAUGUGACUAUGUCGAAGUUAUGGCAUGUCCUGAUGGGUGUAUUAAUGGAGGUGGUCAAAUAACCAGGCCACAGGACGUGACGGAGAAAGAGUGGCUUUCUCAAGUCAAGGAUAUUUAUCACAGCAUCGGGGCAGUGGAUCUCUCAAGCAUGGACAAUACAAAAAUGGCCGAAGAAAUAGAGAAGUGGGCCACGGGCUUCUGUGAGGAAUCCAACAUCCCUUCGGAGCGCCUCUAUAUCACACACUUCAACGAGGUGGAGAAGCCCACAGACCCCAAUGCUGUACUUUUGGGAGCAAAAUGGUAA